CCGCGCCGGGGUCCGCGGGUCCGGGCGCGAUGGCGGCGCUGGGCGGCGACGGGCUGCUCCUGCUGUCGGUGCCGCGGCCGGAGCGGCAGCCCGAGUCGGCGGCGCUCGGCGGCCCGGGCCCCGGGCUGUGCUGCUGGGUGUCCGUGUUCUCCUGCCUCAGCCUCGCCUGCUCCUACGUGGGCAGCCUCUACGUGUGGAAGAGCGAGCUGCCCAGGGACCACCCCGCCGUUAUCAAGCGGCGUUUCACCAGUGUCUUGGUGGUGUCCAGUCUCUCGCCCCUCUGCGUUCUGCUCUGGAGGGAGCUCACAGGCAUCCAGCCAGGCACAUCCCUGCUCACCCUGAUGGGCUUCAGGUUGGAGGGCAUUUUCCCAGCAGCACUGCUGCCCCUGCUGCUGACCAUGAUCCUUUUCCUGGGCCCACUGAUGCAGCUCUCCAUGGAUUGCCCCUGUGACCUGGCAGAUGGGCUGAAGGUUGUCCUGGCCCCCCGCUCCUGGGCCCGCUGCCUCACAGACAUGCGUUGGCUGCGGAACCAAGUGAUUGCGCCACUGACAGAGGAGCUGGUGUUCCGGGCCUGCAUGCUGCCCAUGUUAGCGCCAUGCAUGGGCCUGGGCCCGGCCGUGUUCACCUGCCCACUCUUCUUUGGAGUUGCCCAUUUUCAUCACAUUAUUGAGCAGCUGCGGUUCCGCCAGAGCAGUGUGGGGAGCAUCUUCUUGUCUGCAGGUGUGGUCACUCGUGGCCUCCCAUCUCCAGCGUUCCAGUUCUCCUACACAGCUGUCUUCGGUGCCUACACUGCUUUUCUCUUCAUCCGCACAGGACACCUGAUCGGGCCUGUCCUCUGCCACUCCUUCUGCAAUUACAUGGGCUUCCCUGCUGUCUGUGCAGCCCUGGAGCACCCUCAGAGGUGGCCCCUGCUGGCCAGCUAUGCCCUGGGUGUGGGACUCUUCCUGCUGCUGCUCCAGCCCCUCACGGACCCCAAGCUCUACGGCAGCCUUCCCCUCUGUGUGCUUCUGGAACGCGCAGGGGACUCAGAGGCUCCCCUGUGCUCCUGACCCACGCUCCUGUACACGCACCCGUGGCUGUGCACACUCCUAUGGACUCUCAUGGGUGCCCCAACCCCUCCCCAACAAGGGGUACUGUAAGGGAGGGGCGUGCUGGGGUCCCCAAGAUCUCAGGAAUUUUUAUAGGGGA